CGAUUAUAGAAUUCCUAAAAAAUAAUAUUCAAACUUGUUUCGUUUUGCCCAAACAAAGUAUUUUCCUUUUCCUUUUUAUAUUAAAUUUUACCAUUGAAUUUUCGAUUAGAAAUUCAGUCACAGUUCAACCGAGUCGCUCCCACGUGUUGCCAAAUACGUCGUUCUCCGGGCGUCGGCGCUUUCAACCUCCGCUGCCAUCUGUAAAUCUUGCCACCUGCUUGGCCAUAAUUCUUCCUUUAUCCCUUUUGUCCCACCUUUGGCUAACAAUACUUCACUUCACAAUCACCAGGAUUCAGUAUUUUCAACCCUUCAAUCAUCGGAAAAAAAAAACGAUAACUCCAGUCUCCAGUGAUGUAUUGGUUCAAGAACCUAAUACGAUUGUCCUCUCCGGUCAAACACCAUUCAACCGCCAAAUUCACACCCACUCUAUUCUCUCUGCAACACCUCCACCACUUCUCCACCGCCGGCGAUGCGGUUGCUCCUCCGGUAUCUGGGCUUGGGCCCACCAAGAAAACUGAAAAGCCAAGAGUGGUGGUUCUGGGUUCCGGUUGGGCUGGGUGUAGGCUGAUGAAAGGGAUCGACACCAGCAUAUACGACGUCGUCUGCGUUUCCCCUAGGAACCAUAUGGUUUUUACUCCUUUAUUAGCUUCUACCUGUGUCGGCACUCUCGAGUUCCGGUCUGUUGCUGAGCCGAUCGGCAGGAUUCAACCGGCGAUUUCUACCGAACCCGGUUCGUAUUUCUUCCUAGCUAAUUGCAAAGGACUUGAUUCCAAGAAUCACGAGGUGCAUUGCCAAACUAUAACAGACGGAUUACGAACUCUCGAACCAUGGGAUUUCAAGAUUUCGUACGACAAAUUAAUCAUAGCUUCUGGAGCCGAAGCUUCAACUUUUGGAAUCAAUGGCGUCAAAGAACAUGCCAUUUUCCUUCGCGAGGUACACCAUGCUCAAGAAAUCCGCAGAAAGCUGCUUCUCAACUUGAUGAUCUCCGAUGUUCCUGGUGUUUCCGAUGAAGAAAAGCGAAGACUCCUGCAUUGUGUUGUUGUAGGAGGUGGUCCUACUGGAGUCGAAUUCAGUGGUGAACUCAGUGAUUUCAUCAUGAAAGACGUUCAUCAAAGAUAUUCUCAUGUCAAAGAUUACAUUAACGUUACUUUGAUCGAGGCGAAUGAUAUUUUAUCUUCAUUUGAUGAUCGCCUUCGGGUAUAUGCUACUAAACAAUUGACCAAGUCGGGAGUUCGGCUAGUUCGUGGAACAGUGAAGGAUGUUCAACCCAAGAAGAUAGUUUUGAGUGAUGGAACUGAUGUUCCGUAUGGUUUGUUGGUGUGGUCCACGGGUGUUGGUCCCUCGUCUUUUGUUCAAAAAAUGGAUCUUCCUAAGGCUCCGGGUGGAAGAAUUGGGAUUGAUGAUUGGUUAAGAGUACCAUCUAUGCCCGAUGUAUAUGCGAUUGGGGAUUGUAGUGGGUACCUCGAGAGUACCGGCAAACCGACUCUUCCGGCUUUAGCCCAAGUGGCGGAGAGGGAGGGAAAGUACCUAGCGGAACUUCUAAACAAGAUCGGUAAAGCGGGUGGCGGAUAUGCUAAUGGCACUGGCGAUAUAGAACUUGGAGCUCCGUUUGUUUAUAAGCAUUUGGGAAGCAUGGCUACCGUUGGAAGUUAUAAGGCUCUUGUAGAUCUCAGGCAAAGCAAGGAAGCGAAAGGGUUGUCGAUUGCGGGAUUUGCUAGUUGGUUCAUAUGGCGUUCGGCUUAUCUGACACGUGUGGUGAGCUGGAGGAAUAGAUUUUAUGUGGCAAUAAACUGGCUAACGACCUUUGUGUUUGGUCGUGAUAUAAGCCGAAUAUAAGCUACACCACAAUCGGUACAUUUAAGUUUUUCUCAUCUUUUUGUUUGUAAUCAUUCUGUACAAAGAUGAAAAGGAUGCAUAAAAAUACGGAUGUAACACAUUAAAAAAUCCAUUAAAAGUACAUGAAUUUUUAUCAUAUCGGCUAAAUAAUUUUUAAUCAUAUCGUCUAAACGAAAAUCGGCGUCUGCAAUCCUCAUAUAAUAACAUCUCUA